CUCCUCGGCGGCCACUCAUGGAAGCACGACGGGGGGGGGGGGUCGAGCAGCCGUGCGAGACGAGCCACACGAGCAGAGGGAACCAGCAACGGAGUCGAAGAAGAGCCGAGGCGAAGCUGAGACGACGCAGCGCGCACAGAGCAGUCAGAUAGGUGGCCGCGAGAAAGUGUUAACAGAGGCGUAAUCAGUUAUGGUGCUGGCUUGAGUUGCUACUGCUGUUGCUGCUGCUGCUCGAGAGAGAGAGAGACUACUGCAAUGGCCAUGAGUCGACACGACGUGAGAGCCAAGCUGUGGGCUCUGGUUAUCAUGGCCAACGCUUUCGCCUGGCUCAUCACCGGUGGCGAGUCCGCGGCGUGCCAUGGCUGCUCUCCGGGGUCUAAAUGUGACUGCAGCGGAGUGAAAGGAGACCGGGGAGACAGGGGCCUUCCUGGACUGCAGGGGCCUUCAGGCCUUCCCGGAUUUCCUGGGCCCGAGGGGCAGCCGGGCCUGAGGGGUCUCAAGGGCGACACUGGAGACUCUGGCCCGUAUGGACCAAAAGGAAAUCGCGGUGCCCCAGGAAUGCCAGGAUUUCCUGGGACACCUGGUAUCCCGGGUUUGCCGGGACAAGAUGGCCCUCAAGGGCCUCACGGUAUCCCAGGAUGCAAUGGGACUAAGGGAGAGAGGGGAUAUCCUGGCCGUCCGGGAUUACCAGGAUUACUGGGCCCAACGGGAAUACCGGGACUGCCAGGCAUGAAGGGCGAUCCUGGAGAGUUCUUUUCUUCGUUUCCGGGGCAGAAGGGCGACCCUGGUUUACCUGGAAUUCCGGGGCACGCCGGGCAGCCUGGGAGCUCAGGGCUGCCAGGACCAUUUGGACCACCUGGACCAAGAGGUUUUCCUGGCCCACCUGGUUCACCCGGGUCCCCUGGCCCAAAGGGUUCCAUGGGUUUGAAUUUUGAAGGACAGAAGGGUGAAAAGGGUAGCACCGGACCCGCGGGCCCUCCGGGGCCUCCUGCAGGGCCGCCCGCUCAGGAAAAGCCGCCGGAGGGAGUGUUUUACAAAGGCAAUAAGGGAGACGCUGGACCCCCUGGUUUUCCAGGCAGGGAUGGUCUUCAAGGUCCUCCGGGUAUGCCCGGGUUUGGAUUGGCAGGAGAAAAAGGAGAGCCGGGGGAGGCUGGAAAACGCGGGAAGCCGGGAAAAGAUGGAGACCCCGGCCUUCCGGGUUUGGAGGGUCAGCCAGGGACACCUGGAUUUCCUGGAAACCCUGGCUUCGAUGGACAGAAGGGUUCAAAAGGAGACCCUGGUUUGCAAGGGCCCCCUGGCCAGGUUAUUGGCCAACCACCUCCACAUGGCUUUGGGUCCAAAGGUGACACAGGAUUUCCUGGCGCACCGGGAGAAAAAGGAGAACCUGGUUUUACAGGACCACCUGGGUUGAACGGUGCACCGGGUCCCCCAGGUAUCACGAUACAGGGCCCUCUGGGGCAACCAGGGAUUUCGGGAGAAAGGGGCCAGAAGGGUGACCCGGGACCCCCAGGACUAAGCUUCCCAGGGCAGCAGGGCCGGGAUGGGCAGCCUGGGGCUCCUGGUCCACAGGGGCAGCCGGGUCUCCCUGGCUCACCAGCCGUGGUCACCCCUGGUCUCCCCGGGCGAGGAUUACCAGGCCCGCCUGGCCCAAUGGGACCGAAAGGCUUCUCUGGAGAGAGGGGACAUAAAGGCGACAAAGGCGACACGUGCCGGGAUUGUUUCGGAGGAGUGGGGCCCGGUCGCCCAGGGUUACAGGGACCUCCUGGUCCCCCUGGCAUGCGAGGUUUCGACGGUGCUCAAGGUAACCCAGGCCUGAAGGGAGACAGAGGGUUUGCUGGCAACCCAGGCUCUCCAGGUUCGCGAGGAUUUCCUGGGGAGUCAGGCCCCCAGGGGCCCCCAGGAAUGAAGGGGGAUCCUGGAGACGCACUGGGCCUGCCUGGGCUGAAGGGAGACAAGGGCGACACGGGUUUCUCCGGGUCUCCUGGGCCUGCUGGGCUCGAGGGCCGCCCUGGUGUGGAUGGGCGGCCUGGGAACCCCGGUGCUAAGGGCGACCCUGCUCCGUUUGGCGUGAAAGGCGAACGGGGGGCGCCAGGAGACCAAGGCCAGGCCGGCCUGUCCGGGGAAAGAGGGCAGCCUGGCUUGCCUGGUUUCGGCCCCCCAGGAUACCAGGGGAUGAAGGGAGUCCAAGGGGUGCCUGGUCGUACCGGCCCACCCGGCCCACCAGGUGUGAAGGGGGAGCCAGGAAAGACAAUGUCGGAGCCAGGACAACCUGGACCUCCUGGCUUACCUGGAUCACCUGGAUCCCCUGGCUCUCCAGGCAGCUCGGGCAUCCCUGGCUCCGCUGGAUUGCCAGGCUUGCAAGGGGUGAAAGGCGACGCGGGCUUGCCAGGAUUUGGGUCUCCUGGGCCACCCGGUCCAAAGGGUAACCAAGGCAACCCAGGGUUACCAGGACAGCCAGGAGGACCUGGGCGCCCUGGACAAGACGGAUUCCCGGGGAGCCCUGGACAGCCCGGACUAAAGGGUGACGGAGGCGUUGGUUCCCCGGGCCCCCGUGGACCUCCGGGGUCUCCUGGCCUCGACGGACUGUCCGGUUCCAAGGGAGACAGCGGCUUCCCCGGCCUGCCGGGGCAACCGGGCAGGCCGGGGCUCGACGGCGUGCCGGGAACCAAGGGAGACGUCGGGAAUUCGGGAUUGCCCGGUCGCCCGGGAGCACAGGGCCCCCCUGGACAAGGAUUCCCAGGAGCUCAAGGUCCCCCAGGAUCUCCGGGACAAGUUGGACCUGAAGGUUCACCAGGGCCGAAGGGAGACAAGGGAGACUACGGAGCCCCAGGAUUGAACAUGCCGGGACCUCCAGGAGACAGGGGCAACCCUGGUUUCCCCGGCACGCCCGGUGGCAUUGGAUCACCAGGAUCGCCGGGACAGCCCGGAAGGAACGGCUUCCCAGGCACACCAGGUUCCAAAGGAGACAUGGGAGUCAUGGGGACACCUGGGGCCUCUGGUCCUCCUGGUCCUUUUGGGCAGAUCGGCCCACCGGGACCCAGAGGCAACGAGGGGCAGCCUGGCCUGCCAGGCGAACCGGGCGACUUGGGCUUCAAGGGAAACAAAGGCGAUCCUGGGAUCCCCGGCCCAUCCGUCCCCAUUGGCACUGUGACAACGAAGGGAGAAAAGGGAGAGAAAGGGGCUGGUGGUACUCCUGGCAUGCCAGGCCCCAAGGGAUUCCAAGGAGUGCCUGGCGCCAAUGGGCAGCCUGGUCAGGCGGGUCUUCCCGGGACACAUGGCCAGUCAGGUCCCAAAGGAGAUUCUGGAUUCCCAGGCAAUCCUGGCCAACCUGGGCAGCCGGGUCCCAAGGGCUCCAUGGGAGAGAUGGGCUUUCCAGGUCCUCCUGGUUCAAAGGGCAUUCCGGGCAACCCAGGUCUCCAGGGUUCCCCAGGAUCUCCUGGAUUCUCUGGCAUGAAAGGAGCUAAGGGCGAGUCUGCCCAGCCAGGCCAAGGAAUUCCUGGACCGCCUGGCCCAAAGGGUGAUGUAGGGAGCCCCGGAUUCAAUGGACCACCUGGACAGAAAGGUUCCCCGGGAACUCCUGGCCUUCCCGGGCUUCCCGGCAAUCCGGGUUCAAAGGGAGAACACGGGCAGCCAGGAUUUCCAGGCAACCCAGGGCUUCCAGGUUCUAAAGGUCAAGAUGGAUUCCCCGGAGGACCAGGCCGUCCCGGAGGCCCAGGCUUGCCAGGAGAUGCAGGCCGCCCUGGAUUGCCUGGCCCGUCGGGAGAGAAGGGAUUUCCUGGAAAGGAUGGUAUUCCUGGCACGGCAGGACCUAGGGGAGACCCUGGUCCGCCUGGCAGGGGAGCUCCGGGUCCCCCCGGGAACUCCGGCUUCCCAGGUAUAAAGGGAGACCCGGGCCGUCCCGGCGUGGGCGGGGUCCCUGGCUUCAGUGGUGCAAAGGGCGACCCUGGAGAAAAGGGGCCAAUGGGCAUCGAUGGACCCCCGGGUUCUCCUGGUCCUCCCGGGCGAACUGUAGAAGGAGUCAAGGGCAACGCGGGUCUCCCUGGACUUCCAGGUCUCCCAGGAAACCCUGGCUUUCCAGGCCAGCCUGGGCCCCCCGGGAUUGGCGGAAUCAAGGGGGAUCGUGGCAACCCAGGACUCCCCGGAAAUUCUGGCCCGUCCGGCUUGAAGGGAGAGAGUGGCUUUCCAGGACAACCCGGCAACUUGGGGCGGCCAGGCUUCGAUGGCCCCAAGGGUGACCCGGGUCCUCAGGGUCCCCCGGGAUUCCCCGGUAUGAAGGGCUCUUCUGGCCUCCCAGGCAUCAACGGGGGCCUAGGAGAGAGGGGCUUCCCUGGGCCACCAGGGCCUGAAGGUCCUCCCGGCCCCCGGAGCCCCGUCUCGUACGUGAAGGGAGACCCGGGCCCGUCGGGCAACCCCGGGCUGCCCGGCCCACGUGGUCCUCCAGGCCAGCCCGGCCAGCCCGGACUGCCAGGUUCUCCCGGUCAGCCGGGAGGACCAGGUGAGGACGGCCUUCCCGGAAGUGAUGGGCCAUCCGGAAGGAAGGGCCAGACUGGUCCAUCUGGUCGCGCAGGCGAGCGAGGAUUCCCGGGCCCGCAGGGCACCGACGGAAUUCCAGGAAUCCCGGGACAGCCCGGCCCUCCCUCCAUGCCGCACGGAUUCAUGGUGACGCGCCACAGCCAGUCGGUGGAGGUGCCCGCGUGCCCGUUGGGCCUCGUCAAGCUGUACGACGGCUACUCGCUGCUCUACGUGCAGGGCAACGAACGCUCACACGGCCAGGACCUCGGCACGGCGGGCAGCUGUCUGCGCCGCUUCAGCACGAUGCCCUUCAUGUUCUGCAACCUGAACAACGUCUGCAAUUUCGCGUCACGCAACGACUACUCCUACUGGCUCUCCACGCCGCAGCCCAUGACCAUGAACAUGGCUCCUGUCCACGGCCAGCAGAUCCAACCUUUCAUCAGCAGAUGUGCAGUGUGCGAGGCGCCGGCGAUGGUGAUCGCUGUUCACAGCCAAUCCAUCGUGAUCCCACCGUGUCCCAACGGAUGGGCCUCCAUUUGGAUCGGCUACUCGUUCAUGAUGCACACGAGUGCCGGUGCCGAGGGCUCGGGUCAGGCCCUGGCGUCGCCUGGCUCCUGCCUCGAGGAGUUCCGCUCGGCGCCCUUCAUCGAGUGCCACGGCCGCGGAACGUGCAACUACUACGCCAACUCCUACAGCUUCUGGCUCGCCACCGUCGAGAACAACGAGAUGUUCAAGAAGCCACAGUCGGAAACGCUCAAGGCUGGAGAGCUGCGUUCGAGGAUAAGCCGGUGCCAAGUCUGCAUGAGGAAGACAUAACGCUCCUUCCAAAGGGGGGGGGGGGGUGGGGGGGGGUGAUUAUAACACAGCAAUGAUUUCACAAGGGUGCUCUCUGUGUAAAUGAUACAAACUCUAUGCAUAUUUUAUUGUGUGUACCUCAGGCGUCUUAUGUUGUGUAACGCAGGCCUUCCAACUCGGCAGCACAUCCGCCAGAGGUUUUCUGCUCCCCGCCCCCCCCACCAUCACCACCACCAUCACCACCCCACCCCACCGAUGGGGAGACGGAACAGCUGCGUCCACGAUGCACUGCGCUUCACGCAAAGCAUACUCUCGCCCGUAGUAAUUUGCACGUGGAAUGCGUGGGGACUACCCCGAGGUGUGUGUGUGUGUGCAGGAGUGAGCGUAAAGACGCGGGGAAAUCUGUUCCGUGUUUGUUUUUUUUCUAAGUUGUUUUAAACACGGGGGGAGCGGCGGGUGGGGGGGGGGGAAACUCCCUCCAGAUGUGCUGCCCACUUACUUCUGACGCAAGAUGAGCAUUUAAAGGGGAGAUGUUGGAGAGAAGAGAAAAAAAAGGACAUGUCACAAAAUAAACGUCUUCGAUCGUACGUGUACAUAUACACAUUUUAAUAUGUAUUGUACAUUACGUAUGUGUUUAUGUGCCGGUGUGUUUAUAUAUAAUAUAUAGCACACGAAACACACCUGCACAUAAAACACAAAAUCAAAAAAGGGGUCUUCAACGUGAAUGUCCUGUUAAUCGCUUUCAUCAUUUAUAAAAAAAAAAAAACGCUUUGGUCAAGGAUUAUAUUUAAACUGUAGGACACUCUUUUGGUUUUGGGGUUUUCCUUCUCUCAAUGUGCCACAUUUUAUAUUAAACAACAAAAACAACUCCCGCAGUGAAAGAGCUCCAGUGCACAUUUUUUACAUUAAAAAAUGCACCCUGGAGUUUUCUCAUUAGACGUUUAUUUUUUUAACCUUGGACAGUUUUAAAAUGUGUUUUUAAAGCAAAAAAUGAGCUGCCACUCAAAAUGGAAAGAAUUAAAAGCCAUCUCUCUCUGACAAAAAAACAAUUAUACUUAAGACGACUCCUCAUUUUGUAAAAGUUUUGGAAGGUCUGGAUUGGCAAUUGCUAAGCUCCAAAAGACUGCUGUUAUAGAAAGGCUUGGCGCAUAUAAUAAUAUUAUUUUUUAUAUAAUGUGACUGAUCUUUAACUAUUCAUAUGGUGCUGUUGCAUAGAUUAAGCUACACAUGCCACACUCACAAAACGCAGAAGCCUUGUAUUAGUUCCUUCGCUUACAAACAAAAUGACAACAGAAACUGGCCAGUGCAGUUUUAAGUGGAUUACAUUACUUGAAUGCAUGUCGUAUUAAUCAUUUGAUUUCGUUUUACCUUCUCUCUAAUGUCAGACCACUAAGUGUCUCCACAAUUUCACGUACUCAAGCAGUUGACCUAAUAACGAGCUGCUGCUGCUACUGCUGCGUUGACGCUUGGCCGAUUGUGAUGCCCGCACAUCACCUCCCCUUGGCCCCGGGGGGGCAAUGCGUGCCAGGCCUAGGUGCCGCGUCGAACACCGUGUUAGCGGCGGCAAUGUGGCGGCGGCACCUUCGGCCAACGCCGACGUUAUCCGACAACAACGACGACAACAACAACAACAAUGUGCGGGGGCUUGUAAGGCCACCGAACGGCGAGGCGUGACACGCUCUGCCCCCUCGCGAGCGAAAUUCGCAAACGCCCUUUCCCCUCAGCAACCCGUGCUGGUGACUCCCCUGUCCUCGUUUAUCUCUGCCCGUGACUUGCCUACAUCGUCUCUCUAUCUCUCCCUCCCUCUCUCUCUCCACGUCAAGUAAAUACGCCCACCGUUUGCGUGCGUAGCGUCUCAAGAUACGUCGGCGUGCAAGGCACUCCUUGUGAGUCUGCACUGCGUUCUGUGCGCCCCGAGGACUUGCUGCUGCGGUGUUGCGUGGCGUGUCUGGAGUGUCUCGCGUUGGGCACGGAUGAACGCGGAUUGUCUUGGACAUCGUCCGUUCACGCGGCACAAUAACGAAUCUGACGACAUCCGCUAGAGAACUACGCUGCCCGGUCACUCGGUAGCUUGAGUGUGCUAGCAUUAGACAGAGAGUGCCGAAAUAGUGAAAUGUUGAUUGACCAAACCAUGAUUCCUCCUCACAGUAAUCAAAAGCCAGCGAGCUAUGGGCUUCAUUAAUAGGCAGACAGUGUUACACCGCUUGUGAAGCUGUUUACAUGUUCACGAAUACGUCGCGAUAGUUGCCACGUUGUCAGCAACAUUUAGCUACAAAACACCUACUGGCAUUCGUGGUAAUGCACCUAUUUUGCCUCCACGUCAAUAUGUAAACAGACUGAUAGAAGUGUCUUACGAUUUUUUUUUCGAAGAUUCUGCUUAUGACACGAUCAGUGUAAGUCCAGGACUGCCAUGUUAAGCUUCGCUGCUUUAUUUGUAUUUUUUGUCUCGAUACACUUGACUGUAUCUACUCACGCGCUCACUUUAUUGAUGAUGAAUACCGGAUGUUGAUUUUUUUUGUUUGUUAAAUUAGAAUUUUCUCCAAUCACGACAAAAAAAAACUGGCCUCACCGAAUGCAGAGUCAUCAUCGACCAGUAUCGUGAAGCCAUGGUUCUAUCCACUGCGGGAUGAGGGCCUCCCCAAGGUUCCGCCACCUCUGACGACCAUGCGAUGUUGCAAGUACUUACCGAAUGCAACGGUCUCCGAUGUUGAAGAUUUAUGGCUGGACCGCGCCUUAUUUUCAGCGGAAUAUUCGACGGAACGUUCCUCUGAAAAUUGAGCCGAUUUAUAUUUGCUUAAGACAACAACAACAAAAAAUACAGCCCUUCGGGUUUGUAUUUUUUGACAAUAAAAUCAAAUCGAGUUUAAAGCUCACCAAGGUUGAUUUGUUUUUGUCGCACGCCACUUGCAGCCGCGUUUUCUUUUUGUCUGUGCGGUUUGGCGAGCGUCGUCAAUUCAUUCACGCGGUUCGCCGCAGUUUUUACACCGCGACAACUUUGCUCGGCAUCUCUCUCUCUCUCUCGCUCUCUGCGUGCGCGAUUGGGAAAAAGCAUUGCAAUCGGAGAGCCCUCACCCGUUGAUAUGCCGUUCCACGUGCGCCGCCAAGACCAAAGAUGCUGAACUGUUGAGUGUUUGCACGGAGCUAGCGCAAGGCUGUUAUAGCAUCGUAUGUGGGAUGAGACCGAUUGUGUGUUGAGACUGUGCGUACGUGUGUGUGUGUGCGUGAUUUUCCCAUUGUUGAGUGGAAAUUUCCAGUUGACCCUUCCACCGGAGUGCCGGGGGGGGGGGGGGGUACGGGGCUCGCAUAUUGACAAUAACAACAACAAUGCGAUGGAGUGGGAUUACAUCUGGCACGUUGCCAACAGUGGCCACAGCUGAGGGUGACGGCGUGGCUAGCGUGAAUCGAUAGCUCAUUCAAAAAUUAUCGCGCCGUCACCGGCUUAUUCUUUUUUUAAAGAGGUGGGGAGGGGGGGGGUUCUGGUGCAGGCGGUGAUGAAUGACAUUAGAGAGCUAUAUUUGGUGAAAGUGUGCAUUGGGAAUUGUAUUUUUUUCUUCAUUAAUGCCUUACAUACGAAUACGUAUUAUGGGAUGGUGCUAACUUCUCAAAACGUUGGACCGGUAGAUAACUUGGGGUGCUACUACUACGUGUUACGGGACGCAAACAGCAACGAAACGUGCGUUUGUGUGCGUCAUUUUAGCGACUGUGUGAGAGCAUGGACAAGGUGGAGUCCACUCUCCGUUUUAUACCCGUGUCAGGUGGUGAGUGCUGAUUCUUCAACAUCGGCAACAAAUGGCCUUCGCAGUGGGUUAGGGCGGGCCGAGAGGUGUUUUUUUUAAUAACCUCGGUGUGGGUGCAUGUGCGGUGUGUGUGCGCACACGCGCGGGCAUCUCUAAGCAUGGCAUGCGUGCGUCAAAUAUUGCCUCGUGGCAGUUUGGCCCGCAAAUGCUUCUGCUGCUGUUGCUGCUGUUGUUGUUGCUGCUGUCGCCUCUGCGCGCUGUCCAGCGCGCGCGCGCAGGUAACGGCAGCGUGCGGCAAAACGCCAAAUAAAUACACCACAUAGUCACUCACAUCGAGGACAAGCAUUGACAAUGUUUUGUUGAAACCCACGCGUCUCUCUUCGAACGGCCGUAACCUCGCUCGGCUCUUCCCGCCGUUAAUGCUGCAGUUUUACUUAUCGCUGUUACAUGGAGGGUGCAGUCUUACCCGUGUUAAAGAGCAAUAAUCAUUAGGAGAAGAAUCAUCAUUUCAACUUGUCCCGUGCCGCCCAGUGUUCGCUCACUCUCUCGCAGAGAGCGAGGCAGCGACUCUGAGCUGCGAGGAACCGCAGGCAAGCGGGGGAAGGCAGCCCACGCGGUGAGUCGGUGAAAUAAUAAAAAAUAGCCCCCUCCAAGCUCUGCGGUUCUCUACGUAAUUGUACGCGUGCAUGCUUAACGUUCCUUUCGCACCAUACGUAAGCCAACCGUGCUAAUCGGAGGUGCGGGGGAGACUGGCAACAGACGAAACGCACGCACGCAUGCAACAACAACAACAAAAACAAUUGCCGCAUUGUUUCCUGCAAGGCGUAACUUGCUAUCUGCAGUUUCAGCGUAACGUGCUUAAAUCUCCCGCGUGAGCGCAAACGCCACGCACGCUGGCAAAGGGUGCGAUCACUCGCCUCGUCGCCUUGGCCGCCGGCCGGCAAACCGGUGAACCAACGUGCAAGUCGACGGCAUGUUAAUACGCGUUUGGCAAUCAUAUACUGCCCGACGAAUCGGUGCAUCCAUCGUUAAAUCGAUUUCUCGAGUCAACGUGAUGAGAAAGCAGGCAAUUAUUUGAAGAACAAGCGUUGUUGGACAGCGGCUGUGAAAUCGUGAUGCCGGGUAAGGGGUGCUAGGAUGAUUCAUCCAGGCCACAGCGAAUGGCUGCAAUAGAGGUCGUAGGUCAGUUUUCUAUAUUUUAUUAGCAUGACUGUCUGCCGUACGCGAAAGUUGAACAUAUGAACAUACAUGUGUUGAACUUCUUUCCCACCGUACGUAGCCGACCAUGCUAAUCGGAGGUGCGGGGAAGGACAACAAACCAAACACAAAAAAACAUUUGUUGUAAAGAAAUUACGUUUUCAAUCUCGAUGUAAAGGUGCAUAGCUCCAUUGGCUUCUUAAUAUCGGAAGGAAGAGCGUUCCAGACGGCCGCAGAAGUGCAUCUGAAAGCACGCGAUGAUGCGGUGACCACUGUCUUUGUUCCAUGGCUAGCAAAAGGCCGCAAGAUGCAAAUAGUCGGUGAAGGCCGCUGAAAUAGAGGUCGUAGGUCAGUUUUUCGAAUGUGAAAAUGUGUCCGUGUUGCGUGUGAAGGCACAGCUUGUCAGCUUUGCACAACGGUAGCUUCUGGGUUGAUGUGAGGUUUUUCUUUUUUUCGUGCAGACGCUCAUUUUAACCGUACAAUAAAAAAUAAAUAAACUGAAAAAAAUCUAAACAGUAGCGUUUAUAACAUUUUAAGUCCAAAACUUUGGCGGCCAAAAUCAACCUUACUACACACCCCACAUUAAAAUGUAUAACAUAUUUUUUUUUAAAUAGAUGGAGGUUUGGGUUUAUUUCAAAGAGAAGGAACAACUCCCACCGACAUAGUACGGUGUUCAUGUUUAAAAAGCCAGGAGUGAAGUUUAUCGAAUAAUUGUAUUGCUAAUUAAGCCAAUCAACGGGCUAAUUAAAAAAAAAAUCCAAAGGAGGCUAUUCUGUAAGGCAUUACCGUUUGCAGGUAAAACAAAACUUUAUUUAAAAAUAUUAUUUCCCAAUGAUUGAAUCAUUCAUUUCUGGAAAGCUGAGUGGAGUACAAUAUUGCCCACGUGAUAUGCAUUCAUUGGUCAUAUAGAACUUUCCCGAACAACUACUAGAGCUGCGUAGUUCAAUAGGGUGCAACGAUUUGGACUGAUUUGCACAAUAAGAGAGUCUUGGCUUAAUUACCAAUCUGAAAAUGCUGUAGCAGUUUGGCUUUUUUAAUUAAGUAUGGAAUUUUUUUUCCUUUCGUAUGAGCUCCCAAGUGCCUUUUUUAAACAACAAAUUUCAGUUUUUUGUUUUUCGCACACACGACCUGCCCAUGGACCCAACAUGCAUACAUACCAUACGUAUAUAUCUGUAACGCACUGUUAAUCACUGCUACUAAUUAUAACAGUCGUGCCUGUUUAUACAAACCAAACAUCUUAUACUGUAUUGUUUAUUAAGAGUGAUUUUUUUAAAACCCCUGCACAAACCUUUUUUGUUAGUUUGUUUUUUUGUUUUGUUAAAAGCUUUACAUAGGGCAAAACAUUCAACACUUUUGGUAGAAAGAAGAACGGGCAAUCGCCCACUACUGAAGACAUGAAAUGUACCGACACAUGAACCCCGCCCCCCCAAGCGCUCAAUAAAUUUGUUGAGAUUCUUUGGAGAAUAUUAACAGUCGACAACACAUUAACAUUUUAUCACUUAGAAUGUGAUUCAGCCAUAAUAAUAAUAAUAAUACGUGUUUAUCUUUAACAUAAAAAAAUCAGGGCUUGUAUAAAAGGGGGAGAGGAUUGCGGUAUUAGCGCUUCAAGUGCUUCGGGGAUUUGCGUGUUUAUGCAAAAGACUUCAACGGGAAUGCUAAACCAGCAAACAAAAGUAUCUUUAACAAAUAUUAAUUGAAAUAUAUUUAAUUUCAUUUUUUUUACCCCUCCCCCAGGCUUGCAUAUGCAAUAUAUAUUUUGAGUCCUUGAUAUUUAUUACAUAAGCAAAAUGAAAUAAUUAAAAUUGUUCAAUGAUAUACGUAUAAUUUUUCAUAACAAUAGUGAAACCAUUAUAAUUAGCUCAAUAAUCUUUGGCUCGAGUGUAUUCACGCGUGUCUGGAAGCCAGCUGCCUGAAGGCAAAUUUCCGCAUUUUAACAAAGUGCGAAAAUUGCUAAAAUUUAACAACAACAACAAAAAGUAUUUUGGGGUUUAUUUUUUACAUGAAAACCAUGCCCUGACCAGCUGUAUGCAAACAUGACCUUGUUUUGCUGUAAACAAAUUUGUCAAGGAAUAAAGGACCCUACACAGAA